GCGGUGAUUGGCUGCGGCACAGCCCCCGCGCGGGCGUGUCUGCGGCUGUGACCGGGAAAUGGGGCCAUGGCGCCGGGCAGCGCGCAGGGAGCGCCGGCCGCCGGCAGGAGCGGGCCCGGGAUGGAGGGCGGAGGCCCGGCGAAGCACAGCGUGUGCAUGGUGUCGGACUUCUUCUACCCCAACAUGGGGGGCGUGGAGAGCCACGUGUACCAGCUGUCACAGUGCCUCAUCGAGCGCGGCCACAAGGUCCUGGUGGUCACCCACGCCUACGGUCACCGCAAGGGCGUCCGCUACCUCACCAGCGGGCUCAAAGUCUACUACCUGCCCCUGAAGGUGAUGUACAACCAGUCCACGGCCACGACGCUCUUCCACAGCCUGCCCUUGCUCAGGUACAUCUUCGUGCGGGAGCGGGUGACCAUCGUGCACGCCCACAGCUCCUUCUCGGCCAUGGCCCACGACGCCCUGUUCCACGCCAAGACCAUGGGGCUGCGGACCGUGUUCACCGACCACUCCCUCUUCGGGUUCGCCGAUGUCAGCUCGGUGCUGACCAACAAGCUGCUGACGGUGUCCCUGUGUGACACCAACCACAUCAUCUGCGUCUCCUACACCAGUAAGGAGAACACGGUGUUGCGAGCAGCCUUGGACCCUCGGAUAGUCUCUGUCAUCCCCAAUGCUGUGGAUCCCACCGACUUCACUCCAGACCCCUCGAGGAGGGAUGACAGUACAAUAACAAUUGUUGUUGUCAGCAGACUUGUUUACAGAAAAGGUAUUGAUUUGCUUAGUGGUAUAAUUCCUGAGCUCUGUCAGAAAUAUCCAGAGAUACAUUUCAUAGUUGGAGGAGAAGGACCAAAACGAAUCAUACUGGAAGAAGUCCGGGAGAGAUACCAGCUACAUGACAGGGUGCGUCUCCUAGGAGGCUUGGAACACCAGGAUGUCAGAAAUGUCCUGGUCCAGGGGCACAUUUUUCUCAACACUUCCCUCACUGAGGCCUUUUGUAUGGCUAUUGUGGAGGCAGCAAGCUGUGGUUUACAGGUGGUGAGCACGAGAGUUGGUGGGAUUCCAGAGGUACUUCCAGAAAAUCUCAUCAUUUUGUGUGAGCCUUCUGUGAAAUCUUUGUGUGAUGGACUAGAAAAAGCUAUUGCCCAGCUCAGAUCAGGAACUCUGCCAUCUCCAGAAACUGUUCAUAAUGAAGUAAAGACAUUUUAUACAUGGAGGAAUGUAGCAGAGAGAACUGAGAAAGUGUAUGACAGAGUUGCAGAUGAAGUGGUUUUACCUAUGGAGGAGCGACUUGACAGACUAAUGACUCACUGUGGGCCAGUGACUGGGUGUAUUUUUGCUUUUUUUGCUGUUGUGAACUUCCUUCUCUUGGGGUUUCUGAGGUGGAUGACUCCAGAUUCCAUUAUUGAUGUUGCAAUAGAUGCAACAGGACCUAAGGGUGCAUGGACUAAACAGUAUCUUUUUGGAAAAAAAAGAAGAGUUAAAGAAGAACUUCCAAACUCCUAAAUUGCUCAAGUGGAAAGGGACAAAUGUGUCAGUCACUAAAGGUUUUGAUGCUUGCUGACAGAGACAUUACUCUUAAAACUCUUCAGUUUCUUUCUGAAGUUCUUGGAACGAAACUUAAUUCAAUGUGCUACCUCAGUUUAGGAUGAUGUUCUUAGUUCAGUUUUGGAUUCAUGCAAAUUUAUGGACGUCUCUUUUGCACUGAAAGCUGGGAGGAAAACAUGCAUUUUUAUAUAUGUCAGAAGCCUUGGAAACAAAUAUACAAGAUUUUCCUUGAUAACUUGAACAUUGCAGAAAGGGACUUAAGUGUUUGGGAAAGCAAAACACAACUAUUAGCCUGCUGUAGUUCCUGCUAAUCCCUGAUUUUUACUGUGAUUUUUAUUUUAAGACUUCUUUCAAAAUAAUUAAAAGCUCAACAAAAUACACCUUUUUUGUCCUAAGAUGAAAAUGGAACUUGAAAUUAGUCAUAAAGUCCAUUACCAUGUAAAUUUCAGAGAUUUAGUUCUAGCAGUUGUGUCCCAGUGACAGUGUUUUGCCUACGUAGCAUUAUAAUUUUGAAGUUCUUCCCUAGUCAGGAUUUAGCACAUCCUGUUGCUAAAUCAACAUUUGCCAUAAUGGUUUUCUGAUAUUUUCAGAGGUGCUAAAUUUUUCCUGUUCCCUUACAUGUGUGAAAGUGGCAUAAAGCUUAUAGUGGUUUUAGGUUUAGUUUUUGUUUUUCAGUACAUUGGGGAAGAAAUAGUAUUAUUUAGAGAUAAUACAGCCUUUAGAAACAUCUCAGGCCUGAAAACUUCCAGCAGUCUGUGCCAAAGUGGGAAGUAACACAUGUAUGAGAGAGCAAAAACUGUGAAGGGCUUAACAAGCACACUUGUGCUUACCUGCUCUCUCCCACCUCCCACCCACCCUUCCCUUUUCCCCCCACUUCUUUCUCCUUCCCCUUACUUAUGACCAAAGUGGCAUUUCAGUCCAUCUCUGGGAGGGACGGCAUUCAGGGUGAAUGAUUUCACUUCACCCACAUCAGAGACACUGGCUGGCAGGUGCUGCAUGUGAAAUCUUGGGGAGGUAUCCCUUAUGUGGAAAUAACAGUGGCUGUGCUUUUCAUGGAGAGACAGAGAGAAGGAGCAGCUGUGAGGAGUCUGAGUGAUGUGUAUGUGGGGCAGGAGACAGCACAGCAUUGUGCCAAUGUGUGUGAGAAGAGGUGUUUAUAUCAUUUGUGUCAACCACCUCUCAAAUUGCCCCUUGUCUGAUGCACUGGGUUAGUUUCUUUUUCAAGCAUCACUAAUGAUGAUAAGCUUCCUAUUUUAUGACUCUGGAGUAUUGUGUGCUGUUGGACACUGUAUUAAUAUUAAAACUGUGCAAUAUGAAAACACUGUUUCCAAGCCCUUGAAGAGUAGUAUUCAACACACUACUUCUGCCAAAUUCAUGUUGUUUGGGUAGAGAUGUAAUUACACAAGCAUUUUAUAAUUUCAUUGAACAUAUUUUCAUGAAACACAAAGAUAAUGUAAAUAAUUGCCAUAUAUAAAGUCUAUUUUCUUUUACUAGAAUUUUUAGCCUUUGAUAUGUAACAUACAGCAUGUAAUAUUACAAAUUGAGUUUUUCAAACUCUGCAUUAAAAGUGGAAGUCAUCUAAAAGGGUGCCACAAGGUUUAAGGAUAAAUGGGUAGAAUUAAGCUAAUAUCCUACUUUUCUAAGUUAUUCUUUUUUUUUAUAUUGUUCAAGCAUUCAAAUUUCUAACAACCUUUUGAAAAUACUGAUUGCCACUCCAGGGAGAUGUUAUAUGUAUGUGUGUGUGUAACUUUAGUAAUAUUUUGUUUGUUGUCUUUUAGUUCUGUUUGGUUUUCUGCAACAUCUGCAAACACAAAUCAAAAGGAAUGUGUGUAUCUACUCAAAAUAAGUUUUUUUUUGUGGAACAUUGUGUACUUGAGAAUAACAUAAUGAGACCUUGUUAUAGUCUUCUUUACAAGACCAAUGUAAAGUUUAUCUAGAGGUUUAUUUACCUUUCCAUAAAGAAUGGAUACAUUUCAUUAAUAUGUGGUAGCAUAUAAUUAGAAAAUACAGAACUACAAACCAUAAUGCUGCUUUUCACCAGUGGUUGUUGGAGUUCCUAUGAGAAUGUGUUUUUUAAUAAUCAUUUUUCUGUACAAGCUGCCAUACAAACUUAACCCAUAACUGGUUUUUAAAUAACACCACUUGUAUUAUGCAGAACUUCAUGGGAAUGAUUUGCUCACUGGACUCGUGCAGUGGAGUAAAGGACGAUGCCACAGAAACAUUUACAGUUUUACUAAAUAUCAGUGGGUAACAUGAAAAAGGUUAAAUAAAAUAAGCAGAAUACUAAAAAAAAAAAAAAAAACUACUGAAAUAAUGAGUGUGGUUAGCAAUUAAUAAAAUAAUUUGUUUAAAAAAAUUAAAAUGUUUCAGUUGUGCUUGCAGGUAACAUUUGAUUGUUGUAAAAUACCAGGGGAAUGUUAGGAAAGGGAGAGUGUCACUAAUUAAGCAAUGUCUUGCACAGAGCAGAGCUUCUGGUGUGUAGGAGGAGCAGGAAGACCUGUAUAGAAUGUCCCCCUCCCAAACUGCAAUGAAAUUCCAUCCCCAGGCAUAAGGAGGAAUGUUGUUUCCAAUACAUGAUGUGCAGACACUGUGAAUUAAGGUAUUGAAAAUUGUAGGUUAAACCAUACAAUAUACCAUACAAACAUCAAGUAAAAUAUAGAUACAAGAUUAGUCUUUCAGACUGUGUUUUAGUGGGUGUGGAUGUAUCUGUGAGAAGGUAACUACUGUAAGUUACUUGGUUUGUGGUCAAGUUUUUCUGCAUCUGUUUAUAUUUUUUCCCUUUGUGAUAUUUAUUUCUCUUGACUUGCACCUUUUUUUCAUAUAUGCCUAGGCUUUUAAAAAUUAAUUGUAAAAGUCUUUCUGGUGCUUUUUGCUUCAGUAAAAUACAGACUUUAUGUAAAUAGAUAAAAGAAUCUCAAAA